CUUCCGUUUCUACGUAGCAACAUAACCACUGAAUAGAACGCGACGGUAGUGUAGAAGGAAUAUCUUUGGAAGCAGUUUGCUGGACUACAACAACAUUGAUUUGACAGCUAACGUUAGUCAGCACCUGCAAAUAUGGCAGAAGUCGAAGAGACACUAAAGAGAAUUCAAACUCACAAAGGUGUAAUUGGAACAAUAGUUGUUAAUGCAGAGGGUAUCCCAAUCAGAACUACCUUGGACAACUCUACCACGGUGCAGUAUGCUGGCCUGCUGCACCAGCUCACUAUGAAAGCCAGAAGCACAGUCCGAGACAUCGACCCUCAGAACGACCUGACCUUCCUCCGCAUCCGCUCCAAGAAGCAUGAGAUCAUGGUGGCACCUGACAAGGAGUAUCUAUUGAUAGUCAUCCAGAACCCCAGUGAAUAGCCCCAGGAGGUUCCUGUGAGAGUCAGGCAGUAGCUCCUCACACACUGAUCUUUGUCUCUUAAGAAUAUAUGUUUUGUUAAACUGGACCACAUAUUUUGCUUUGUGCAUCUUCUCCUUUUUCCAUUCUGCAAUGUUUCCUUAUUCUAUUCAUUCUCCUUCUUAGCCAUCGUCAUUAACAAAUAAAAAAAUGAAGAAACAAGGACAUCAUAACAA